GGCGCGGGGGCUCGGGCGCUUUAAGCGCGGCGGCAGCGGAGCGGGGACAAAGUCCCCCCCGGCGUCGCGACGAGCAUCCCCGCUCGCCCGCCCCCGGCUGCCGCCGCGCCUCCCCGCUCUGGGGCCGGGACCGGGACCGGGACCAGGACCGGGCCCCGGCCCGGCGGGCGGCUGCCCCCCGCCCCUCCGCCGCCGGGCUCCCGCGGGGUGCCCGCCUCCUCCUCCUCCUCCUCCUCCUCCUCCCGCCGCCGCUGCCGCCGCCGCCGCCGCGCUCGGCCAUGUCGAUGCUGCCGUCGUUUGGCUUCACGCAGGAGCAGGUCGCCUGCGUCUGCGAGGUGCUGCAGCAGGGGGGGAACCUGGAGAGGUUGGGCCGGUUCCUCUGGUCGCUGCCGGCCUGCGACCACCUGCACAAGAACGAGAGCGUCCUGAAGGCCAAGGCGGUGGUGGCCUUCCACCGCGGCAACUUCCGCGAGCUCUACAAGAUCCUGGAGAGCCACCAGUUCUCCCCCCACAACCACCCCAAGCUGCAGCAGCUCUGGCUGAAGGCUCACUACGUGGAAGCCGAGAAACUGCGGGGCAGACCCUUGGGCGCCGUCGGCAAAUACCGCGUCCGCCGAAAAUUCCCUUUGCCCCGCACCAUCUGGGACGGCGAGGAAACCAGUUACUGCUUCAAGGAGAAAUCCCGGGGCGUGCUGCGGGAAUGGUACGCCCACAACCCCUACCCGUCCCCCCGGGAGAAGCGGGAGCUGGCGGAAGCCACCGGGCUCACCACCACCCAGGUCAGCAACUGGUUCAAGAACCGGAGGCAGCGGGACCGAGCGGCGGAGGCCAAGGAAAGGGAAAACACGGAAAACAACAACGCGGCCACCAACAAACCGAACCAACUCUCGCCUCUGGAUGGGAGCAAACCCCUCAUGUCCAGCUCCGAGGAAGAAUUUUCUCCUCCCCAAAGCCCGGAUCAGAACUCGGUCCUGCUCUUGCAGGGGAACCUCAGCCACGCCAGGAGCUCCGGCUACUCCCUGAGCGGCUUAGCCACAUCCCAGACCCCUCACAGCCUCCAAGGCCACCAGCUCCAGGACUCGCUGCUGGGACCCCUCACGUCCAGCCUGGUGGAUCUGGGAUCCUAAAGGCCCGCGGCGGGCGGCCGGAGGAUCGGGAGAGGAGGUUCUGCUCGGGGACAGAGGCUCUGGGUUGUACAUAGAGGACAGUACCCGGUUUUACAGCUCACCCGCUGAUUCUUAACGGGACUCUCGGCUCUUUUCACACAACCCCACAUCGGCUCCUGGUCCAGUUCCCCCCCAGCGUCUCCCGCUACCACCACGAUUUUUUUUUUUUUUUUAAUUUUUUUUUUUUUUCCACGUAGCCAAACGCAGAGAGCGGCAGAAACCCUCAGCCCUUCGAGUUCAAGCAAGCUGGUCCCAAAGGGAAUUACAAAAAGAAAAAAAAAAAAGGGAAAAAAAUGGAAAAAAAAAAAAUCCCAAACCAAAACAACCAACCCCAGCUGGAUCCGAUUCCACCCAAAUAAAUCCCAGCCCCGCUGGCCACGGUGGGGCAGGGGUGGCCGGCGCAUCCCUGCUGCUGCCCGGCCGGGUCCCCGCGGGGCCGGCGAGGAGCCGGGACGGAGGCAGAGGGAGCGAACGGCUGUACCCAGCCCUGGGUUGUAGCGGGAGGAGGGAGGGGAAGUUACGUUUACAUUUUUCAUAUUUAGCCUUACCAGAAAGAUUUCGAUGUAGUUUAAA